CUUCCGCCUCUUUUCCGACGACAACUUGCAAAGAAAAGUUGUGUUUUUCGUACUUUUUGCACAAUCCACGUUUCGUGUCAAGAACCCAAGACUUAAACAUGCGUUACGUGGCUGCUUACCUUCUGGCCGUCCUCGGUGGCAAGGACUCGCCCGCCAACGCCGACCUCGAGAAGAUCCUGUCCUCCGUGGGCAUUGAGGUCGACACUGAGCGUCUGACCAAGGUCAUCAAGGAGCUGGCUGGCAAGAGCAUCGAGGAGCUGAUCAAGGAGGGUCGCGAGAAGCUUUCCUCCAUGCCCGUGGGUGGUGGUGGCGCCGUCGCUGCCGCUGAUGCCGCCCCCGCUGCCGCCGCCGGUGGCGACAAGAAGGAGGCCAAAAAGGAGGAGAAGAAGGAGGAGUCCGAGUCCGAGGACGACGACAUGGGCUUCGCUCUCUUCGAAUAAGUGGCUGAGCAGGCGAUUAUUCAGUGCAAAACACUCGCAAGGCGGAGAAGAUAGAGCAUCGUUUUGGAGUACCGGUCAUAUCCACAUGGCCGCCAAACGCAAUUUUGUAGCCAUCCGAUGACCAUUUCUACCUAAUAAAAAUCUGCAGUGUUUGCACUUUAUAUAAACCGA